CAGUACGCAGUCGAGCAUAAUGUCAACAAGAGGUGGCUUCAUUCAGCUCACAAUUCUGGUGACGGCGAGCCUCUUGGCGAUCUUUUUCCUCCUAAGUGCCCUGCAGAGCACGGAUGACCGGAAACCCACCCAAUAUGGUGUGGAGACCGGACCUGCUGGGAAGGUGACUCCCCCAGCCAUUCGCCACCUGGAGGAGCCCAUCAAAGAGGAACUUGUGCGGCAAUUAGAUCGGGAACUGCCCGAGGUGGACUAUGGCUUCUGGUACCAUUGGGCCAAGCCCUUGGGCUACAUGAUAAACAGCACAUGUGCCUCGUAUCCCGAUCCUCUGGAUCUGCAGCUGCACAACAUACACUGGCAGACCUUCGUCAACUCGAACGUGACCUUUCGCCUAUACGCCGCGUACUUGGACAAACGGAAAGGGCUCGAAUUGCCCACGGUAAGGAUUUUGGCCACUGCCAAUCAGAUCGGCAACAAGUUUCCCCCAACCCAUUGUCAAAUGUGGUUCGAGAACUAUCUGGAGCCCAUUGUCGUGCCCGUGGCGGAGUUCCUGAGUGUGUGGGUGAAGUCGUGGGCCCAUAAGCCGAAACUUAACUACCCGCAUCUGCUGAGCUGUCCGAUUCCCAGGGAAUUGCCGCCGCCUGCGAUGAUGGCCUUUCCCAAAACAGUGUCACUAGUUGCGCGGCAUUGCGAGAAGGCCAGUAAUUCGCUGAGGGUCAACAAUAAUCAGAAGCAGUCAGUGCCGGUGGGGUUCUCGUCCUCUCACAAUCCCAAAACUCAAAAUGCCACCAUCAAAAGCCAAAAUGAGGCUCCUUUGAACUUUGGAGUCUGCCUCAAGGGACUCGAUUUUCCCUACGUGGACUUGUCAGAGCGCCUUAUCGAGUGGUUUGAGCUGCAGCGCAUUUUGGGCGCCUCACGCAUCUACGCCUACAUGUACGACGUUCAUCCUGCGGUGCAGAGGGUGCUCGACUAUUAUCAGCGCACUGGAUACCUGGAGCUGAGACCUUUGACCCUGGCCAAUGGCAUGCCCCGACUGAGGCACUACCAGCACAUGCUGCUGCAGCAGAGGACGCUAGAGAAGCGACUGAACGAACUGAUACCCUACAACGAUUGCUUCUACAGGAACCUGUACCGCCACGACUAUCUGGUCAAUGUGGACGUGGAUGAGGUGAUAAUGCCUUUGGGUGAACACCGCAAUUGGCAUCAGUUGGUGCAAAAGGCACACGCCUUGGAGACUGAACAGGGCGGCAAGUGUGCAGGUCGCUUCCCCGCCUUGUGCUUCAUUAAUUCGUACUUCACCAGAGUGCCCACCGAGUUCAGCAACCACGAGGAGCAGGCUGUCGCCGGCGAGUUGUUCGUCCUCCGGCACACGCAGCGGAUCAGGAACUACUCAAUGCCGGGAAGGGCUACCAAGUGUUUCCACAAUGCCCGUCUGUCCUUGACGCUGCACAACCACUUCACCCUCAAGUGGCUGCCCGACGGCUGUAAUCCCCGGACCAUGAACACAUCGAUGGCCCAAAUGCAGCACUACCGUGAACCCGAUUUCAAGUAUGAUGCAACCGAUCUGACGGAUGAUCGCAGUGCCUGGAAAUUUGCCGGCGAACUGCGAGCCGCUGUGGAAUAUGUGUGGCUUCAUCUGGACGAUGUGCUGGCCCAAAUCAGCGAUCUCGAGGACCAGCAACAGCAGCUGGUGGAGGAGUCGCUGGACCAGGAGGGCGUCGAGCUGGACCGUGGCCAACAGACUCUUCAGCCAUUUAUUCUGCUGCCUCCGCAGCCUGUAUCAUGA